UCGGCGGGCGCGGGGCGCUCCGGGCGCUGCGGGGCCGGGCCGGGCCGUGCGGGGCUGCGGCCGCCCCCGCCAUGUCGGUGAACAUGGAGGAGCUGCGGCACCAGGUGAUGAUCAACCAGUUCGUGCUGGCGGCCGGCUGCGCCGCCGACCAGGCCAAGCAGCUGCUGCAGGCGGCGCACUGGCAGUUCGAGACAGCCCUGAGCGCCUUCUUCCAGGAGACCAACAUUCCCAGCAGCCACCACCACACCCACCUUUCUCCUGUCCCCCCGCAGAUGUGCACCCCCAGCAACACGCCGGCCACGCCGCCCAACUUCCCGGACGCGCUGGCCAUGUUCUCCAAGCUGCGCACCUCGGAGAGCCUGCAGAGCAGCAACAGCCCCAUCACCUCCAUGGCCUGCUCCCCCCCGGGCAGCUUCAGCCCCUUCUGGGCCUCCUCGCCCCCCAGCCACCAGCCCGCCUGGCUGCCCCCGUCCUCGCCCACCACCCACGGCCUCCAUCACCACCUGCACCACCCGCAGCCCUCCUGGCCCCCCGCGCCCCCGCCCGCAGCCCCCCCACAGAAAGCCGUGGCCACCAUGGACGGCCAGAGAUAAGACUGGGGUUGGAGGAGGGUUGGGGGGUGGGUUCAGGGAAGGGAAGGGGUGGGGGGAUCUUGGCCGGGGCGUUGGGAGCGGGGGCUCCCCAAGAAACGCACUGGAAUAAUUUUCUAGGUUUUAUUAUUAUUUUUAAGGGGGAGGGGAGAUGGAUGGAUGGAUGGAGCACGUGCUGCCGGGGAGGGCACCAGCCCCUGAGUGCCUCUGCAAGAGUCGCUGGCUGGUCUUUUCUCCUCCCCUCGCCCCCCCUGCUUUUUUUUAAAUAUAUAACUAUAAUAUAUAAAUAUAUCUAAUGUAUAUAAAUCCAGAGAGAAGGAGCAGCAGCGUGGAGGCAGCUGCUGGGUGUCUGGGGGGUGGUUUCCCUAUGGCUCUACCCCCACCCAGCAUCCCUACAUCAGGGCAGGAGAGGGAAGUGGGGGGGUGGACAGGAAUAACAAAAAUGAAUGGAUGGAGGUGGCUGUCAGCACCCCAGAUCAUGGCCAUGGGGGCACAGAACCACUGGACACCCCUCUCCCCCCAGCUCUGGAUUUCCUGGACGCUUGACACAGUGCCCAGAGCAAACCAACCUCUCCUCUGGCUUCUGAAAUUCAGCCCAGCUUCUUGCACAGACCCCCCUCGAUUUCCCCCCAACCCCGUCCUCCCUUCCCUCCCUCAGCAUCCCCAGGGCCUGGGGGAUUAUCAAGGUGAUGCCCCCUCCAUCCCUGCAACUGCCAUACAUGGCCCUUCCCCAGGGAGAGUUGGGGGGUUGGGGGGGGUUUUUUAGUUUUCAAAUCAAUCUUGCUUAAAAAAAAAAAAAAAGAAAAGAAAAAAAAAAGGAAAAAAAAAAAACCAGCAAAAAACAGGUUGAAGGUUUUUUAUUAAUUUAAAAAUAAUAAAAAAAAAACAAACAAAAAAACCCAAAAACAAAAUCACUUUUUUAACACUAACUGUCCCUGCCUUUUCUCUCUCCUGGGAGGAUGUCCCUGGCUGGGCACUGAGAAUGGGGGUGACCCCUCACACGCUCCAGUGUCACCAGUGGGGACUGGCCCUCCCCAGGAGCUGCCACAAGUCCCACGCUCUGCUUCCCCAAACCACUGCUACCAUCCCCAAAGAGGGGGGCAGAGAGGAGACCCCCAGCACCCCCAAAACCAUGGAGCGAGGACCCCCCUGUGCCAGGGAGUGCAGCCCAAACCCCAUCUUGUCCCCUCACAAAACCCCACAGCUUGCAAACCACCCCAUCCCCACUGACACGAUGAGCCCCCCAGGCCUCAGCACUGCUGGGACACUCAGGGGCUGCCAGGCUUUUGGGGAAACCCUGUGCUGGGGGUGAUGCCCUCUGAGUGUCCCCCACUGCAGAAGGGCCACCAGCCCAAGGCCACCGUGCUGCUGCAACAAGUUCCUGGGGUAAAAACCCCCAGAAUGGGAACACAGCAGAUCUGGUGAUGCCAGGAAAGGCUGGGUGGCUCAAAGCACAGUGGCAAAGCAUCCCCCAGGGAUGGAGAGACCCCCAGCAUGGCACAACCUCCAAGGAGAAAAGGCAGAAAUCCCCCAUCUGGGGCUACUCACCUGCAGCAGAGAGCAUCCAGGGAGGGAUGUGAGGCUGCUGUGUGUUUAGGGGGGUACAGGGGGUGUUAACAGGGUGCAGCUGAGUCCCAGGGGCUGCAAGUGGGGCAGGGUGUGGGAGACGUGCUGAGCCGGAGGGAUUAUGAGUAUCAAAGGGGUCACCCCAGCUAGGCCAUAUCCUACAAAUGCAAUUAGUUCCCGGGGUGUUUUUCAGCCCCUCCGCCCCACCCAGGGGUGCAGGAUGGUUCUUUGACUGUCUCUGCUCUGGUGCCUGGUGGUUUGCUCAGAGUGCUCCCAGUUAACCUACUGGAGGUGGCACUGGGGGGGACCUCAGAUCCUGCUGUAUCCACCUGAACACCCCCAAAGCAGGUUUUGAGCACCCAUUUUUUUCCCCUGAAAAAGCAAACCCACCAAGGAAAACAUUUGGGGGGGGUUUCCUAUGGACUAAGGUGCCUGUGGAGCACAGUAGGGUGGACAGGGAUGGAGUCUGUCCCUGUGGUGGAAGGUUUGUGCUUUCCCCCGCAGUUUGGGGAAGAAUAUUCGCCAGGAGAGCAAGGUUGCCAUGGGGCAGCCCCCGGGGACACCCCGCGGGGGUUGAGGGGAUGUUCCCCACGAGCUCUGGGGUUCCCCUCCGUGUUUCUCACCCUCCCACUCAUCCGAGAGGUGCCGCGGGCUUUGUGUCCCCCCCCACACACACGUGUGCAUUGGGGACAACCCCGGCCACGUGUCCCCAGCCGUGACACCCCCCGGGUCCCCCCCGCGCUGCUCCCAGUGGGGGUUCCCUGCCCGGUACCUGCCCAAGUGACACGACUUGUGUCGGGUCUCAGCACACAACACCCAUCCACCGGUGAGGGGACGGGUGGCACGGGAGGGGCUGGGGAAAGCAGCGCCAAUCCCUGGGGGUGGCAUAAGGGAAAGGAGGGGCGUGUCCCCUCCCUAUGGGGGCAGGGACAGGUCACGGUGCUCCGGUCUGGAGGUGGGAAGCAGCGGGGCUCGUGCCUUCCUCUUUCCAUUGAUGGCAGUGCUGGAGAGGGACAAGAGGGUUCCCUUGCUUGGAGAUUAAGCAGCCCGGUGAUGCUCAUCCCAUGGGAUAACCGAUAGCAAACCAGCGGGCUUGGGGUGGGAUUUGCUUUUGGCAUUAACCCAUGUCCUGCUGCUGCUGUUCCCACUGAGGCCCCCCUAUCCACUGCCUCCCUGGAGGCAAAGGAACAUCUUCCUUCUGCUGCACCUCCCGGCCCCCCAGACCUCCUUUGGGGCCAAAGGCUCCCCUGGCAGGGGCCAGGGGCUGCUAGGGGGAGCACGGGGCUGACACAGACUCUGGAAGGUGCUGUUUUCAGCUCCUCCUUGUUCAAGAAGGAAAAGAUUCUGAUCCAAAGCCACUCCACUCAGGAAGCACAGGUGCUUGGCUGCUCGUAGCCCUUUACUGCAGGUUGGAAUAGCUUGCUCCUUCCAUCCAGGACCCCAUAGGAGGCCUGCACUGCCGGCCCCGGUAGACGAUUCCAUCCCUGCCCACCAGGUCAAACACGCCGGGCUGGGAAGGAGAGAGGGGGAUGGCUGGAACUCGGGGCUGCAUUCAGCAUCCCUAAGCCAGCCUCCCUAUCCAGCUCUUCCGGGGGAAACCGAGGCACGGAUUCCCCCCGGGGAUGCUCAGCAUCACCCUCCCAGCCUCGUCUGCCCUAGCCUGUAUCCCCACCUUCAUCAUCCCUACCUUGCUGGGGUCCGGGAGGAGGGGCUCCAUGGGCUGCACUGGGCAGAUGCUGGUGUGCCGGCCCCCACAGUACAUGGGGGAUCUGCGGGAAUAUCCCUCUACCUGCUCCCUGUGGGACGGGGCACAGGGAUGCUCAGUGCUCAGCACAGGGCACCCCAUGUUUCACCCCGCUGUGCCAGGCUGGGGGGCAGGGGUGCUCCCUGGGGGGCUCCCCUCCAGCUGCUGCAGGACACCAGAGCCCGUCCUGCCCUGCAGGGAUCUGCCCUUUCCCCACAGCCCCGGGGCCCACGUCCCUACCUCUGGCCGUGCUCCUGGUAGGGUUUGACGAUGGGGGGCAGGCGCCCCGUGAGGCCGGGGGACGGCGGCGGAGUGAAGGAGGUGAUAUCGGAGCGCCUGGAGCGGGCGGGAGAGCCGGGCGGAGAGAGCACAGGGAGGGCAGGAGACCCGGGUGGAGAGGGCCUGCGGAGGGCAGGAGACACGGGUGGGUGACAGGGCCAAACGAGCCAGCCCCGCCACAGCAGGGCACUGCCAGCACCCGCCUGCCCCUGUCCCACCCAGGCACCCCCCGAGGCACCGGUGCCGCUGCUACUCACGGGCCAGGAAACGGCAUGGUGAAGGGCUGGUCUCUGGGCAAGUACUCGGGAGAGGACACCUUUAGGAUCUUCCUAAAAUGGGGGGGAAAGGGCUAGGUGAGCUCCUGAGGGGAUGCAGACCUGCCUGUGCAGGCAGCAGCAGGUGCCAGGCACGCAGCUGCAGGGAGUUAUGGUGUUUGCAGGGGGGAUCGUGGGGUGCUGAGCACGGUUUCUCCCCAGCCCAACCCACGGGCUGGUUACAAAAUAAAAGGGGUGCAAGAGGGGAGAUGGGUUAUUUUCCUGGGGAAAAGCUCCAGCUCAUACCAGGCAACAGUGAAUCUGCAGAGGGAAGUGCCCAAAAGCCUCAGGCCAGGCAGGGAGGUGAGGUGGCACCACACCUGCCAUCCCAACCAGCCCUCACACCCCUGUCCUCGCUUGGUCAGUGCCAGGAGAGCAGGUCACGCCUGGCUCUGGCACUGUCACAGCCCUGCCUGGGGGGAUGAGCUGCCAUCCCCUACACUUGUCAGGAAAGCUUUGUACUCACAUCCCGGGUUCGAUCUGGGAGGGCUCCAUCCUGAAGCUGCCCCUUCCUUGUGCCUCCUUGGCUGUCCGGGUCCUGCUGCCACUGGGGGGACACAGCACAGCUCCAUCACCAGCACCCCCACGGGGCGAUCAGCAGAUAAAUGGGUCCAGUGCCAGGGCCCCACAUGGGCCCUGUGGAGGAAACAGGGCCAGUGCUGUCCCCAAAGCCACUGCUGUCCCUGUGGCACUCACCUGUCAGUCCCAGCCACACUCUCAGCUGGGAUCCAGAGGGUCUGUGAUGGUCGGUGGCCUCGUACUGACUUCAUGGGCUGGAUGGGGGUGUGGAUGCCAGGGGAUCCUGGAUGCACUCUCAGGGCAGUGACAUCACCAUCCAAACUCUUUGUCUGAACGUGGGGAGGAGCCUGAGCAAGCAGAGCAGUGUUUCAGCCCCAGCUCUUGCCCCCAAAACUCCAUCCCCUUCCCUCAGAGAAGCUCCCCGUGCCUCUGUGAGCUUGAGUUUGAACCAGACUUUGGUCUAAGGGCAGCACAACGGUGGUGCAGAGCCCAGGCGAGGGGGCACCCAAGAGGGAGCACCCGGGGAUGGGAAGAGCCUACCUUAGAGAAGCUCAUCUCCAUCUCUUCGUCCUUGAUCUGCUCCAUGUCAGUCAUCUCAGGGGGAGUACCCAAGGGGCUGGGAAGAGACUCUGCCUUGGAGAUUCUCAUCUUGAUCUCUUCGUGUUUGAUCUGUUCCAUGUCGUUCAUCCCACGGGGAGCAUCCAGGAGGCUGGGAAGGGCCUCUGCCUUUGAGAUGCUUGUCUUGAUCUCUUCAUCAUCCCCGCUCUGUUCCACGUCACUCAAUCCCACGUCACUUUCCACAAAGGACACUCGGGGGCUGCUCACAGCCCCACGUGGCAACUUCUUCCCUCUGCUCCAUGCCUUUGGGCUGGGAAGAGCUGCUCCCUUGGAGAUGCCCAUCUUGAUCUCCUCAUCCGGGAUCUGUCCCAUGUCGUUCCAUCCCAUGUCGCUUUCCAUGAAGGAGACUCGGGGGCUGCUCACAGCCCCCUGCGGCAACUUCUUCCCUCUGCUCCAUGCCUUUGGGCUGGGAAGAGCCGCUCCCUUGGAGAUGCCCAUCUGCAUCUCUUCGUCCUUGAUCGGUCCCAUGCUGUUCCGUCCCAUGUUGUUCCAUCCCAUGUCGCUUUCCAUGAAGGACACUCGGGGACUGCUCGUGCCCCCAGGUGGCAAGUCCUUCCCUCUGCUCUGUGCCCCGGCCCUGGACUUUGAGGGCAUGGGGCUGGGGGCCCGGGUAUCCCGCUGCCUUGGUGAGGAUGCCGCGAACCUGUCCGCGAGGGUGACUGGGAGAAGAGAGCAGGGGGAGCUCUCUGGGAUUGGGGGAGCCCUGGGGAACACAGCUGGGGGAAAACCCAGCAGUCCACAGGCCCCCUGCCUGCCCCGCUGUGCCCCUCACACCCGCUGGAUCCCCUCCCCAGGCCUGCCCAGACGUACUUUCAUUGCCGAUGACAAUCAGCCCGUGGUCCUCCCAAGGGUUUGAGCGCAUGCCAGGGCCCUGUGGCCAGUCCAGGGGGGCCUGUCCAUCCUGGCCCAUCACGUCCUUCACAGAAGACUGGGAAGCAGAGAGUGGGAUGGCUGCAACGUGGGGCUGCGUUCAGCAUCCCCAAGCCAGCCUCCCCACUCAGCUUUUCCUGGGGAAACUGAGGUACAGAUGCCCCUCAGAUGUUCAGCACCACCCUCCCAGCCUUGGCUCCCUCUCAGCCUUCUCAAGGCUGAACAGGCCCAGCUCCCUCAGCCUUUUCUCAAUCCCCAAAUCAUCUUGGUCGCUCUCCACAGGACCCAGAGGAGCACUGACUCCCCCCCAGCAUUGCUGCCCAUGCCCUGAUGUGGGGGGACAGGGCGCACUGGGGGGUCCCCUGGGAAUGCAGGCACAUCCUGUCCCAGAGCAGGGCCCGGGUGUGCUCAGGGAUGUACCAUGACACUGUCCACCAACUGGUCACGGAGGUUCUCCAGGAUAUCCUCGAAGUUCACCUGGAGUGGGGCGAGGAGAGGGAACAGCAGUCAGAACACAGGAGCAGGAUUUAAAAGGAACAUCUGCAAAUUAUCGCAGGCACAAGGCAGAGGGACUCUGGGCAGGGCUGUGCCCAGGGGCUGUGGCUGUAUUGCACGGGUGGAUCUUUAUCUGCCAUCCUUCCCAGCACGUUACUUUUCUGGUGGCUGUUGAGUUCACAAGUGCCUCAGCAUCCCUGGGGCAGUGCUCUGGGGAGGAGAGGGGCUCUGGUGGGUUGGGCUGAGCUCCCACGUUCCUCUCCAGGAACACCCUUCCCACUCUUCUCUUCUGGUGCCCUUCACACUGGGAGCCAGCAAGGGCUGUAGAGCAGGGGCAGCAGGGCAACACAGUAAGGGGCAUCUCCCAGGGGUUCUGUUGGUAGCUCACCGUGUCCAGAGUCUCCUGCAUCUUCUGCAUGUUCUCUGCCAUUUGGGACUGCUGCUCCUUCAUCUCGUUGAUCUCCACACGGAGCCCCUCGCAAAGAGCCCUGACCUAGGAGAGGGGGAUGGCAGGGUGAGCCCCAGGGCAGGGUCGCUGGGGAGCAGAUCCUUCCCCACACUGUGGUCUGCACAGGGCACAGGACAGGCUGGCAUGGGACACUGCUGGGCCUCCAUCACAUCUUCAGCAGCUGCCCAGCAGCACAGCAGUGGUGCAGACCCCAGAGGAGGGGGCUGGGAAGAGCCUCUACCUCAGCGAUUUCUCUUUCAUUGGCUUCCGUUCUCUGCUUUAACUCCUCAAUGUCAGCAGCCACAGAGGAAGGUGGGGGGAUUUUCGGGGCCCCCUCCAGGGGUUCCCCGCUGUCCUGGAUGGGCAGAUCCUGCAGGCCCAGGUUCACAAGCAUCCCCUUCAGCAGGUUGCGCAGCUUCUCAAAGUUGAUGGGCUCAGUCUUGGGCGUCCCGAUGGCCGAAUCCAGCAUCUGGCCCAGGGUGAGCUCUGCCAUGGCUGCUGACCUGAAAACACAGACCUGCUGUGAGCAAGGGCCUUCUGUGCUACUGCUCCAGACAGGAGCAGUGGGAUGGCAGGUGGCAGGAGGUGUGGCAGGGAGCAGAGCAAAGGUACACAGCUGACAGGCUCCUUCCUCUUGGGUUUCCUCCUCGUUCCUUGCUGCAUGUGGCUCUGUUUAUGGUGUCCCCCGUUUCAAGGCGAUGGCCCACCCUGGCACGGGUCACCCAUUGUUACACAGCGGCAGCCCAGCCCUCUGUGGAACCUCCCCAUUGUCCCUCACUGCUGGCAUAUCCAGGUUCUGGCAGCCAGUGGAAUCCAUGUGCUGAGGCACCUCCAGCCUUACCAUUUUCAGCCCCAAAAUGACCACGGGGAUGGCCCAGGUGCCCCUUGCAGGGAGAGCUGUGCCCUGUGGAGAGAGGUGAUCCAUGUGCUCACACACGCUGGGUGGUUCUGGAAUACUGGUGCAAGGGGGGAAAUGGGUUACUUGUGGGUUCCCACCUGGGAAAAAGCUGCAGCUCAUAUAAGACAACAGUGAAUCCACAGAGGGAAGUGCCCCAAACCCACCACCGUGGGAAUUCCUCCCAGGGGCACCCACAGCAGCCCAGUCCCAUAGGAACUGGGGCAGGUGGCAAGGCCAACAGGCUGGGUGUUGUGGCUGCAGGAGCUGGGGGUCUCUGUGGGGUGGGCAGCCUUUGCCUUUGGCCUCUCAGGGGGUACUCGAGUUUGGCUCCAUGAGCUCAGGGGCUGGGGACAGGGACGGGCUGAGGGGGUCUGGGUCUGCCCUUGGUGCUGACCAAGCGAGGACACAGGUGUGAGGGCAGGUUAGGAUGGCAGGUGAGGGUGUCUGUGUCCUUUACCUCACAUCCCUGCCUGCCCUGGGCAGCCACUGAGUUUCAGAGGGGCUCCAUCCCAAAGCUGCCCCCUGCUCCUCGUGCCUCCUUGAGUGUCAGGAACCUGCUAGGAGGAGAUGGGACAGCUACACGAGCGUUCCCAGGGACUGUUUGCUGGCUAACUGGGUCUGGUGCCAGGGCACCACACAGGCCCUGGCUAGGACAGACAGAGGGAAUGGGCCCAGUGCUGUCCCCAUGGCACUCACCUGUCAGCCCCAGCCACACUGCUGCCCAGAGGGUCCGUGCUGCUGGGGGACCUCGUGCUGGCUGCACCCUCGGGAUGGAGGUGUGGGUGCUGGGGGAUCCUGGAUGCAGGACCCAGCACUUGCCUUUGUUGGAUUUCAAAAGGUUCCUCCCCAGUCCAAAGGGUUUCGGGUGCCACAUGUCCCACAGAGGGGCUGCGGUGGGACGUCAAUCCAGGCUGGCCCUCAAGGGGCUCCCAGCUCCUGCUGUUUUUCCCACCACCCUGAACAUGGCCCUUUUCCGAGCAGAGAGCACACACUGGACCAGCUGAGGAGCUGCCCUGGCUCUGCCCAAGCCUGGUCCUGCUUCCCCCUGGGAUGUGCAGGGCAGAGCUGAGCAACCCUGGCAGAGGCCCUGGGGUGUGCAGUGGCUGUAGGUGCUGGGGGCUGCCAACAACUUUGUUGAGCUUUCACUUCUAUAUUAAACCUGCUUUUGCUGGUGAUUCUGUAAGUGACCCAAAACAUCCAUUCGCCACAGUGACCCCAGGGACAGCAGCACACCCCUCUGCCCACUGGUGCCCUGGUUCCACCGUUUCUACGCAAAUACAGAAAGAGCAAUACCUCUCACAUUUUUAACACUGCCUUUCAGGAUGGAGAUCAUGGUCUGGCACUGGCUUGGAACAAGGGGGCACACAGACACCUACAAGGACUUCACACGCUUCAGUUGAUCCUUUCAGUACUUGCAGCACAGCAGUGUUACCCACCAGGCUGAGGAGCCACACUGUGGCCACAGAGUACAGCUGGGAUUUGUUUGUGGUAUCUUGAAAAUGCAGGAAACCCAUCAACAGCUUUGAGACCUCAUGCAGCCCUGCACAUCCCUCGUGGGAUGUGGCUUGGAGGUUUAAUCCAUGCUGGUCCAACCACUCUGUGCUGAGGUAGCUUUGUCUGCCUGGUGUUCAAGGCUUGUCCUGCUCAGUCACUGCCAGCCCCUGGCCCCAUACAUAUUUUAGAUGCUGGAGUAGGAGAGAAAGGUGUAGAAUAAGGAUAAGCAAAACUAAACAGUUCUUAGGCUGUUGAAGCAACUGCUUUCAGCAGCUUUUAUUUGUUCCUCACAUCAGCAGGCUAGAAAGCGGUGUAGGUUUUACUGGAGUGUGUUUGUCUCAUCAAGGGGGAAGAUCACAGUUUGGGAAUUCAUCCUUAUAUCAUCCUGGAGACAAGGCCCUCCACAUGCACCUUGUGCUGCUUCCUCAAGUGUCCCCUCCACCCCAAAAUUAGUAUCACUCAAGACAGGAAUGAUCAGGAAGUCCUACCUCUCUGUGGCAGAGGGCUGCAAGCUGCCAAGUGAGCCUGGUUACAGCAACAGCCCCACUGAACACACCCAGCAGCUGCUCAGAGGGUACAGCAUUCACAGGAAGCACCGGCAUUGAAAAAUCUUACGCUUUUUAUUGCAGGUUCAGUGUUAGUGUUUUGGAGAGCACAGCUGCAGUAGAAGCAGACAUUGUUCCAUCUUCCCUUCCCCACGAGACUCUGCCACAAACUCACCAGCCCCAGGCAACUCCAAAAAUUGUGCCUGGCUUUGCAGUGCAGACAAGUGUUCAAGUGAGGACCAAGACCCUCAUGUGACUUGUCACCGAAGAACAAUAAUGAUCCGAAAGCUGGCGAAAUGAAAAGGCCAACACAUUAACUGGCGUUCCCUGCUCCGCUGGGAGACACGUGAGCUUGUUCCCAGCUCCCUGACACAAGGAUGGGAGCGGCCCUGCGAGCGGGUUGCCCUAAGCUGUCCUUUUGGGAUGUUCUGCUAACUUAGCUCUGAUGAAAGUCCUUGCUCUGCUGUGCAGGAGAUGAGAGGCCACUCACUUGGCAAGGAGCUGCUGUGCUGCUCAGCUCUGCCAGCAGAACGUUCCCUUCUGUGCUCUUGGGUGAGCCACAGGCAGAAACAACCCCAAAGGCUGCUCCUGCUUGCCCACACAGCAAUGAACAGUCCCUAUUCCCUUCUCAUAAGCUGACAGCUACUUCUGUUUAGCUUUUCUUUCCACCCCUACAGGGCAAGAGAUAUAACACACUAAAAAAAAAAAAUCAUUAAAGGAACUUAAAAAUUCAACACCACCUUCUUUUAAUUAAGGUGUAACCCUCCCCACUGCCAGUGGCCUCUUCUAUUCAACUGUAAAGUGCUGGUCAGGUUGACUUUUUUUUUUCUAUUAGAUCUCAUGGCUCAAAGACCCUGAAAACCCUCACGCUCCUACAAAAAUAAACAGUUGUGUUAUGCCUAUA